GGUAGUAGGAAAUCCACGACAUGUAUAUGGCUUGUGAUGGAUUGAACAGCCCCAGGCUGCAGGGCGGAAGGGACGAAACGGAAGCGGAGGGGAGUCAGUGGCCGUUUCCGGACAAGUACCACAUGAGGAACACGCGGAUCCUUAAGGUGUCCAGGGCACAGAUCAGCGAGGUGCCAAUGGAGGUACUCGAGGCAGCUCAACAGGAGCUGGUGAACAUCGUCAGCUUGGACGGCAACAGGCUGCGCGAGAUGCCCAAAGAUCUGCCCUUGCUCUCCGAGCACCUCACCCAGUUGGUCCUGAACAAGAACCAGAUCUCCUUCGUUCCCACCAACAUCUCGCAGUACUCGAAGUUGACUGACCUGAGCCUCUCCAACAAUCUCCUGUGCGACUUGCCCAUGGAGUUGGGCGGACUGCAGCUGCUCCGCAAUCUGGACAUCUCACACAAUCGCUUCCGCCAGUUGCCACGCUGCAUCUACGAGCUGGAGAGGCUGGAGUCCUUGUCGGCCCACGACAACCAGAUCCGUGCCAUCGAUGCUAGUGAAUCGGGCCUGGGCGGAAUGCGGGAACUGAAGAUAUUGAACUUGGGGAACAAUGACAUCGAAAUAGUGCCGCCGAUCUUGGGCAAAAUGCAGAAUCUCAGGGAAUUGGAGCUGUGGGGAAAUCCCUUCCGCCAGCCCCGCCACCAGAUUCUAUCGAUGGGGACUUCGGCGCUGCUCAGCUACUUGCGCACGCGCAUUCCCAUUUAAAUCAGAUAUUGUUUAUAGCUUUCAAAUCAGCCUGCAAAGUAUUGCUAAAUAAAUUGACAACAGUGCGGUUUAGACCCUAA